AGCGGAAGUACACUAGAGUUAUCCAUUUUUCGCAUAAAUUUUAUUGUGCAAAAUUUUUUGCUUUAGGCCUAUAGCCUAUUUGAUGUAUUCAGUUUCUUAGAAAGUCUAAAUUGAGUGAAUAAAUAUAAAGAUGUAUAGAGGUAAUGAGCGUUAUGGACAUCAAGGAGGUGAUCAAGUUGAUAGAAGGUACGAUGAGAGAGAUCGUAUCAUGACAGAUGAACGAGAUAAUCGAAGGAAUGACAGGAGAAGUUCAAAUGAAGGUUAUGACAGCGGAUCACGAGACAGCAGGCGAUCUGUAAAUCGUAGAGUGGAAAUGGAAUUAUUGGAAGAAAGAGAACGUAAACAUAAGAUGGCAGAGGAACUGCGGAUUCGAGAACAACAGCUUGCUAUGACUAGUUCUCUUUUAGAAAAACAGUCAAUGAUGUUACAAAAUCUAGAGUCAAAUAUCAUGGCACAAAAUGUAAAACCACAUCCAGGAAACAUGAUGCCCAUGGGAAAUAUGAACCAAAAUAUGCGGAUGAACCAACAAUUUCGUGGACCAAUGAACCAUCCGAUGGAUGGACCCUCACCAGCAAAGCGAUUCAGAAAUGACCAGUUUCAGUUCCAAGGUGGAAGCAGAAAUGAUGCAGGUCCAGAAGGAAGAGGAGAUCGUCAAGACAACAGAAACAAAUCUCUAGCUAAAAGGAAGUGUUAUGUUUGUGACAAAUUUGGUCAUUUAGCUAAAGAUUGUAAAAGCAAAAUUGACAGAAGUUCUUAUCCAAAUAAACCUAACAAUAUUUCAAGAUCACCACAGAGCAAGCCUUUAGCAGGAGGAAAAUCACUCGAGACUUGCUUUAAAUGUGGCGAAAAGGGUCAUUUUUUUAGGGACUGUAGGAAACGAAAGUCUGAUCUAGGAAGUAAACCAGAUGAUAAGUCAGAGACUACAAAAGGCCCAGGUAGAUUUAGUGACAUGAAACCAUUUAAGAAACCAGAAUUCAAAAGACAGACUUUCCAUCAACGGAAUCCGAAUACUUGUAGAUUAUGUGUUAAAACUGUAAGUGAAUGGCAAAAACAUCUUAAAGAUCCAGAGCAUAUGAGAAUAAGUGAAAUAUGUCGAAAGGGAUGUAAAGUUUGUGCAAAAAAGAGAUUUAAUACAAUAUUUGCCUAUAAUAAACAUCAGGAUUCACCGUUACACAGAGCGUUGAUCAAUAAGAAGAAACAGGUUAUAGAAUCAAAGAUCAAUCCAUAUUCUGCUGAAAAAGUUACAGGUGUAGAAUAUGUGGUACCAGUAACUGGUUUCUUCUGUAAACUAUGUAAGAAAUUCUACAACAAGGAACAAUAUGCUAAAGUACAACAUUGUCAAACCAAGGCUCAUUAUGAACAAGUUUCUGCGGUUAUUGGUAGUAAAUAUGAAACAGCUGUUGGUGCUAAAUUUGCAGAAUUAUCUGCAAAAGUUACCAAGGAUAAUAAAAAACCAUCUCAGUUGGACCGACAAAUUAUAGAAGCUGUAAGAAAGGCUGAUUUUGUCACUGGAAUAAAACCCAUAAAACCUGUGGUGAAGCCAAAGCCUGAAAAUGGCGCAGGUGACAAGAAAAAAGAGGUAAAGCCUGAUGCAGAAAGUGAAGCAACUACCCCAGCAGAUGAUAAAACAAAAACAGAGACUACAGAUGCUACUGAAGAUAAUCCAGAAAGUGCUACGGAGAAACAUGGUACUCCUGAUAGAGAGUCUGAAGAUGAAGGAAGCAUCCAUCCUGAUGAUUUAGAAAUGGAGGUUUUAGAUGCUGUAGAUGAGGAUCAGGAUGAGGAAGACAAGGAUGCAGAGAUCAAAGAGGAACAAGAGGACAAAGAGGGACAAGAGGACACAGAGGAACAAAAGGACACAGAGGAACAAGAGGACACAGAGGUCAAAGAAGACACAGAAAUCACAGAACAACAAGAGGAGACUGAAGACAAAGAAUGAAUUCCUCUUUAAGCUGUAAAUUUAGAUACAUUCUUUCUAUGUAGAGUUGUAUAUCAUUAAUUUUUAUAAAAUCAAAAAUUAAAUUUUCCUGUACAUUAAAACUGAAGAUUGUCAUUUGAGAACCAAGUUCUUGUGUACACGUUUGCUUGCACAUAACAGAAACCGUGACAAUUGAAAUUGGAAAUAGAGUAGGCCAUAGCACCACUGUCUGAACAACCACUUAUAAAUAGCACACUGCAUGGCGUAUGCCUGUCUACAUUAGCCCGUUCGGUGUGGCACAGAAGGGUGUUAAACCCGAUUUCGGUCUAAAUCUCAAGCCCCUAUAUACAUGUAGCAGUUUAAACUUAACACUAUUACAUUGUAUAACAGAUGGAUUUAGAUUUUUAAAUUUUGGUAAUUUGUAAAUGUAAUGUGUUGAAUAUAUUCAUAUCUGUUUUUGAAUUUUGUAUGAAAUAAAAUCCAUGGCAAAUAAUUAUUUACUAUUUAUUAAAUGGUAUUUUUAGUCAAAUGAGACAUUUAGAUUAAAUUUGAAUGUUAAAGGGUAGAAACUUGUACAUUGUGUGGUUUAUAUACGGUUAUAUUGUUCCAAAUCAUGAUAUAUUUUAUCUUUCUGUCAGUAAUUUUUUUUUUGUCAUGUAUGACAGAGGUGUCAUCUCUAAUAAGAGAAAAAAGAUGGUUUUACAUUAUUUUUCAGAGUUAUUUCCCUUGUAAUAGUGUAUGGUUCACGGGCAAUAUCCUUAUCAAAAAUCCUAAAACUGGGAUAAAAUAUUUAGAUGCUGUAUUUAAUGAGAUUGUUUUUAUUUUUCAAUAUUUGAAAUCAAAACAGGUCAUGCGGCCAUAUUAAAAUGACACAGGAUUAUAUGAGAACCAGAAUUUUUUUUCUUAUAUGGAUAAACUAAUCUUGUGUUCUUAAUGUCUAUUGGGAAAUAUAUACUACUGCUUCUUAAAUAUCUUAUGUUAUUCUUUAGUCCAAUCUGAGUAAAAUACAGAUCUAUA